AUGGCUUCAGCCACCAUUUCCUUGACCCCAGCCGAAAAGCUAUUCCGUCAAUGUCUCCUCGACUGCCGCAAUGAAAUGCACUCCAUACCCGGGAUGAACGAUCUAGUCCUUCGCUUCACUGGAGGCUGGGUGCGAGACAAAUUACUGGGCACCCAGAGCCACGACAUCGACGUCGCCCUGAGCACGAUGACCGGCUGGCAGUUCGGCCAAGCGCUGCAGCUGUUCAUGCGAGACCACGGCGCCAAGUACGAACAAGAAGCGAUCAGCCAAGGCAUCAACUCGCAAGUCAAAGACAUCCACAAGAUCGAAGCGAACCCGGAGAAAUCGAAACACCUGGAAACGAUCACGACGCGAAUGUUCGGGAUGGACAUCGACUUUGUGAAUCUGAGAAAGGAGGUCUAUGACGAGACGUCGCGCAAUCCCAAGAUGGAAUUCGGCACUCCCGAAGAAGACGCACUGCGUCGCGACGCGACCGUCAAUGCGUUGUUCUACAAUCUCGACACACAGCUCGUCGAGGAUUUCACGGGCCGAGGGCUGGAUGACAUGAAGCGCAAAAUCAUCCGCACGCCCCUCGCGCCGUAUCAGACGUUCAAGGACGAUCCGCUGCGCGUGUUGCGGCUGAUUCGCUUCGCUUGUCGGCUCGGAUACGAGAUCGAGCGGGAGGCCAGAGAGGCGAUGAAGGAUAAAAGUAUCCAUGAAGCACUGCGGGUCAAGAUCAGCAGAGAGCGGGUCGGGGUCGAGGUGGGCAAGAUCAUGGCCGGACCGGAUCCGUACACGGGACUCAAGGAUAUCAAUGAACUCGAUCUUUAUUUCACGGUGUUCGCAGAUCCUAGCACGACAGCUACGACCGGGCUGGAUGCCAACAAGGCGCUGCGGGCGUAUGAUGGCCUGCAGACGAUCUUGCGGGAAAAGUCUGCGAUUUGCUUGGGUCUGAAGCCGAGGCAGGACCAGAGCCUCAGCUGGUUCCUUGCCGCGUAUGUUCCGUGGGUCGGAUCCUCGGCCGAUGCUUACACUGCGUCGAGGGAGGGCAUCAAAGCGACCAACUCGAUGAGCAAGGUUCUGAAAGACGCCAUUGAUCUGCGUCAGGAGAUCCUGCGAGCAGUUCAGGCGGUGCGAGACGGCAACGCUACUCGCUCGGCAGUGGGCAUGCUGUUGCGCCAGUGCAGGGAGGCAUGGCGGUCGCAUGUUCUGUUUUCGCUGCUUUGCGACAUUGCGGACGGUGACUUUGCCGAAGCCACGGAUCGCUACCAGACGUUUGUCACGUACAUUGCUGAACAGAAGCUGGAAGACGCGCAUCUCAUCGCCCCGAUCCUCAAGGGCAACGAGAUCACGGAGGCGCUGGGAGGACUGAAGACUGGUCCAUGGCUCAAACAAGCGGUGGAUUUGCUGGCUGAGUGGCAGUUUACUCACCCGGAGGCGACCAAGGAGGAAGCAAUCGAGAUGAUUGUCAGGAAGAAGCCAGAGCUGGACAUUCGAGAGCAGAACCCUCCGACCUCCAAAAAGAAAAAGGGCAAGGGUCAGAAGUCGUGA